AACACGAAGAGCGCAGCACAUCCCUGUUCUUCUUCAGCAGGAUGGAUCAGAUUCAUUUUGGGUGGGCACUUUCUGCCCCUCCUCUGAAAACUGACGAAAUCAUGAGUGAACAUGGAAUUUGAACUUGCUGCCGGCUCAUGUCUCCAGUCUUUUCGUGGGCACCAGGGGAAGAAAGAGCACCUAAGUCUGCUAGUUGGGUUUUGGAGCAUUAGAUAUAUUUGCACUUUUUGUGAAGGAUUGCAUUUGGAGAAUCAGGAAUAGCCAAGAUUGUCUACAGGAAAAGAACUGAGAUGUUAUUGGACGUGAAGCACAUCCUCUGGUUGGUCUGUGUCUGCAGAGCUGUUGUAACCAAAGAUGACUCUGCUCGUAGGAUGAAGGUGGAGAGGAGUUCUCCAGUGCAAGGCUCGCUGGCGGAGCAGGUGGUCCUGCCCUGCCAUUUCUCCAUCCUCCCAUCUCCUACCGGCAGCUCCAGCACCUCCACCACUGCAGCUGCGGCCACAGCAUCCAGCAACCACACAGACCAUCUCCGCAUCAAGUGGACUAAGAUCAUCGGCGAUGAGGAAACCAUAGUGAUAGUGACCCAGAAUGGCUUCCUCAAGAUUGGUCUGGAGUUUAAAGGCAGGGUAUCAGUUCCCAGCCACCCCGAGGACCAUGGCGAUGCAUCUCUGUCCAUAGUGAGGCUCAGGGCCAGUGAUGCGGGCAUUUACCGCUGCGAGGUCAUGCACGGCAUUGAAGACACUCAAGAGUCCAUCUACCUGGAUGUCAAUGGUGUUGUGUUUCAUUACCGCGCCAACACCAGUCGCUACACUCUAGAUUUGGAGCAGGCCAAGCAGGCCUGCACUGAUGUGGACGCGACCAUCGCCACCGCCGAGCAGCUUGAGUCAGCCUUCGAGGACGGAUUUGACCAGUGCGAUGCUGGAUGGCUGGCCGACCAAACCGUCAGAUACCCCAUAACAAUGCCACGAGAAGGUUGCCAUGGCAAUAUGAUUCUGAGGCCAGGAGUCAGAUCAUAUGGACUCAGAAAUUCCUCGGAAACUUAUGAUGUGUACUGCUAUGUAGGAAAACUACAGGGUGAGGUGUUUUUCGCUGAUGCUAAGAUGACUCUAGAUGAGGCCAGGGAGGCAUGCGAGAGACGGGAUGCAGUUUUAGCGUCUCCAGGUCACCUUCAUGCAGCCUGGAGGGCUGGCAUGGACCGCUGCGACUUCGGCUGGCUGUCUGACGGCAGCGCCCGCUACCCCAUCUCUGUACCCAGAAUGCAGUGCGGCAAAGGACAGCUGGGUGUGAGGACUAUGUACCGUUUCCUCAACCAGACUGGAUUUCCUUUACCGAGCGAGAAGCUGGGAGCUUUCUGUUUCAAAGGAUGGGAUCCUACAACUGUACCCACAGCUGGACCUACAACACCUCCAGUUCUUUCAGACACCCAUCAAACCUCUUCCUUUAAAGCAGUCUCUUCUAUGCCAGCCCAUGGCACCACAGAAGAGCCACCAUCCAUGUUUUCUGCAAGCAUGGCUCCACGUGACAGAGGCUCUCCUGAUGUACAUCCCUCUGCUAAAUCCAUUGUUGUUGUACCAACUGAGGCUAAGACAAUUUCUGAUAUGGAAACCACAACCACAUUUAAUGACUAUGACAGCUCUUUGGACAAUGACAGCUCCUUGGUGCAAGGGGUACCCCAUGGUAGCAUACCCCAUUAUUCAGAUUCCUUCUUCUCUAUCCAGCAACCCCGUCAGCCCAACAGAGAGAACAUGCAUCCUGGGUGGGAUCCUCCGCAUGGGGAAUCCAGUGGUGCGGAGGGUAACAGCAGCGCUGACACGGAUACUCCUGAGAAUGUGAUUCCUGCUUCACCUGUGCUUGUUAUAGACUUGGAAGGAGACCCAGAAAAGCCACAAAUUGUGUACAAAGAGAAUGAAACCACAGCAAACAUGACUGAAGAAAGUCUGGAUUUGGCUGAGUCCACUUUGAAAAUCUCAAAUUUAAGUGAAGAGAACUUGCAAGGCCAGCAGAAUGAAACCACAAAGGACGUCAACUUUCCAUUGGGCAUCAAUUUGUUCAUAUACAACAUUACAGGGAGAAAUCAACCAGGUAAUCCUUUUAAUAAUGCGGGAGUUGAUGCUAUUCUUAAAUUCCUUGGAGAACCAGGGGUCUCUAAUCCACUUCUAACAUCUGUUGAAAGUGAGCCACCUUUGAGCAGUGGAGUCCUUACAGGUGAAACAUAUCCAUCUCCUGAAGUACAUCCCUCUGCUAAAUCCUUUGUUGUUCUACCAACUGAAGCUGAGACAAGUUUGGAUAUGGACACCACAACCACAUUUAAUGACUAUGGCAGCUCUUUGGACAAUGACAGCUCCUUGGUGCAAGGGGUACCACAUGAUGUUAUGCCCCAUUAUUCAGAUUCCUUCUUCUCUAUCCAGCAACCCCGUCAGCCCAACAGAGAGAACAUGCAUCCUGGGCGGGAUCCUCCGCAUGGGGAAUCCAGUGGUGCAGAGGGUAACAGCAGCGCUGACACCGAUACUCCUGAGAAUGUGAUUCCUGCUUCACCUGUGCUUGUUAUAGACUUCAAAGGAGAUCCAAAUCCAGACAAGCUACAAAUUGUGUACAAAGAGAAUGAAUCUACAGCAAACAUGACUGAAGAAAGUCUGGAUUUGGCUGAGUCCACUUUGAAAAGCUCACAUUUAAUUGAAGAGAUCUUGCAAGGCCAGCAGAAUGAAACCACAAAGGAUGUCGACUUUCCAUUGGGCAUCAAUUUGUUCAUAUACAACAUUACGGGGAGAAAUCAACCAGAUAAUACUUUUAAUAAUGCGGGGGUUGAUGCUAUUCUUAAAUUCCUUGGAGAACCAGGGCUCUCUAAUCGACUUCUAACACCUAUUGAAAGUGAGCCACCUUUGGGCAGUGGAGACCUUACAGGUGAAACAUAUCCAUCAGCUUCUGUUACCAUCACCCCAAAAGUGAGUUUCAUUAACGGAAAACACGAGCUGACUCUGAAACCGGACAAUGACCAAACUCAGGAGGCUAGAGGAGACCAGUUUGACACUGCUAUCCCACCACCAGAAGAAACCAUCACUUUUGAUAUGAUAGAUAUACUUACGAAGGAGGCUGAAGGCACCACAUCUUCCCCAGAGACUGAAGAAUUUGGCUCAACGAUUAGAAGCCUAAUUGAGCCCUAUUUCACAACAAAUAGCCUGGAAAGUAUAACCACAACAGAAUUGCCCAUAUUUGCAACCAAAUCCUCAAGCCAGAAGUUGACCCCACAAACCAUAUCUUUUAGCAUGCACGAAGAAGGUUCGGUGAUGCACCCAACAGAUGAUGAAGAGGAACUGACCCCCUUGGAAGGUUCUGCAGAAGACACACUUCCAACAACUAAUGUCUCAUAUGUGGUGGCUACCGAUGAAACUGAAAUAGCUGAAACAGAGAAGACAACACUGGCAUUUGGGGUGGACUACAGUACUGAAGGACCAAUUGUUACAACUUCAGAAUCCAGCACUGCAGAAAUGGAGAGAACAGAGAACAGAGAAACAAAACCAGAAACAGAAGAUUUUGAAGGCUCAACCUCCACUGAAGAUGAGGGCUCGGGGCAAGAUAUAUAUGCAGCAGAAGAAUCAAAGCAACCAACUUUAUCUCCAUCAUUCACUGAUUCAUCUCACAGCUUUACAAGUUCCUUAACAACUACUCAUCCUAAAGAGCAUAGGCAACCUGUUAGUUUGGCUUUGCCCAUUACAGAUCCUACGAUUCAGGUGGUUUCAACUUUUCAAACAGAGACAAUCCCAGAAGAAAGCACUCCUUACAUUACACACUCUGAGAAAGACCAGAACAGAAGUACAACUAAGAGUCCUUUAUUGGUGCCUGAGAUUGAAAAAGACCUAAGUAUAAUCUUCACUAUCUCUGAGGACAUCGGCUCUGGUGAUCAGUCAACUGAAGCAUUCUCAAAACAACCUUUCACUGCAACUUCUGUUCCAUCCCUUCUUAUUAAACAAACUGAAGAAACAAGUGUUGAUGCACAUGAUGAAACAACUAAAGUAUUUGAAGGUUCUGCAGAAGACACAACACCACUGACAUUCACUAGUGUCCAAACUCAAACAAAAUUCACAACCCAAAGUUCAGAGACCACCAUUCUGCCCACUGAUAGUCUUAGAGCAGUAAUGUCUUCCUCCCAUGAAACUGUUCUAAUCCAAAAAUCACCAUCAGAAGAGACAACCACCUCAGUGCAGUCAUCAGAGACUUUGGGCUCCCAAGAAACCAUUAUAAUCCAAAAAUCACCAUCCGAAGAGACAACCAUCUCAGUGCAGUCAUCAGAGACUUCAGAUGAGACAACACAAGAAAUAUCACGUUCUACAUUCGGAUUACCAACUGAGAAGCCUCUCACCUCGUUUACCCAAGUUUCCAGUUAUCCCACCACCAGUGUUGUUACCGACUUAAAUGUGAAAGAGCCAGUUCAGGUCUUGGAUAGGGGAACUACUUCUGCUACAGAAAAUGUUUUCACCACCCCCAAAGCCACAAGUAUUGUGGUAUUUGAAGAGAAUGUUGUAGAUUAUGAAGAUGUGGUGGGUCCCUCAAUUAUUCACGGACAACCACCGUCCAGGAAAGAGUUCACCACAAGAAAACCAGAAUUCUGGACAGAUUCCAGCUACACUGUUGAGAGUCAUAUGGAGGUUUUGCAAGGUCUCACACUUUGCUCUGUCAGUGUGUGUGAAAAUGAUGGAACUUGCUAUUCUAAUGGAAAAGGAAACAUAUGUGUCUGCAUGCCUGGAUUCAGUGGGGAACACUGUGAAAAUGAAAUUGAUGAAUGCCAGUCAAACCCUUGUCACAAUGGUGGUACAUGCAUUGACCGGUUAAACGGUUUCAGUUGUGUCUGUCUGCCCAGCUAUUCAGGAGCCCUCUGUGAGCAAGAUACGGAGAUUUGUGACUUUGGCUGGCACAAGUUUCAGAGCCACUGCUAUAAGUACUUCACACACCGGCGGACAUGGGAAGCAGCGGAAAGAGCGUGUCGUCUGCAGGGCGGUCACCUCACCAGUGUCCUGUCCCAUGAAGAGCAGCUCUUUGUUAAUCGUUUGGGGCAUGACUAUCAGUGGAUUGGACUGAAUGAUAAAAUGUUUGACAAUGAUUUCCGCUGGACAGAUGGACACCCUAUGCAAUUUGAGCACUGGAGAGUGGGUCAGCCGGACAGCUUCUUCUCCAUGGGCGAGGACUGCGUGGUGAUGAUCUGGCACGAGCGUGGUCAGUGGAACGAUGUGCCGUGCAAUUAUCACCUGACCUUCACCUGCAAGAAGGGCACAGUGUCCUGCGGUCAGCCUCCUGUCAUAAAGGAUGCCCAUAUCUAUGGCAGCAUUAAGCCGCGGUAUGAGAUCAACUCUCUGGUUAGGUACCACUGCAAGGACGGUUUCAUCCAAAGACACGUUCCCACAAUCAGAUGCCGAGAAGACGGCCACUGGGACAAGCCCAAAAUCAUGUGCUUGAAACCAUCUACCUACCAGAUGUAUGCUCACAAAUAUCAAAACAACAAUUACAACAACAGUAAGAGACGCUACAGUGAGUCGACGCAGGACCGUCAUCGCUGGUCAAAAACAGCAGAUGACUCCACACACUAAUCUCCAUCUGACCUACAGAUGCUUUACAUCUACAGAGAAAGUCUUUAGUCUAAAAGGCUGAAGCCAAACCAUGUGCCUGAUGAAUGUUUUAGAACCGAGAAGUGAAUUUCCCUGAGGGACUGCAAAAAAGACCAUCACCCACCCACUGAGAGCGUACUUAGACUAUGCAACAGUCUACAUUGCAUAUUGUAAUAAUGUCUUAAUGUUUUGACAUGGGAAGGGGGUUUCUGGUCAAAUGUAUAUAGUAGAGAUAUUGAACAAGUAAAAACAGCUGUGAAAGGUGACUUUUUAAUGUUUAUUUUUUAUUUUUUAUUAUUCGUUCGUAACUUUUGCUUACGAAGAACUGGACUUCCUGUUCUCUCUGACUUAAUAAGAGAGCACUAUGGUACGAGCACAAUAUAAACAGAACAGUUGUAGUACUCAAGAGUAAAAGAACAAUAGGCAUUAUAUUGUUUCAUAUUGUUGUGAGGGGUGUUCAAAAGGGAUGUCUCGGGGCUGGAGAACAAACAAUGCUGAAAGGACUGCAACUCAAAACAAUUUUUCAACAUCGUCUUCCUCUGCAGCAUCCUCACUAGUUGUGAGGAUCACUCAGAUAAUAUUCAACCAUUGUACACUCUCAUAAUCAUAUUCUCAUAUGGCAUCAAAUACAUAUUUUCAGUUUUUUUUUAACCUUUUUUAUAUAUGUUGGUUUGUAAUGUAACCAUUUUUACUUUUUUAAAUGAAUGUCAUGGUAAAAUGUGAAAAUAUGUAUACUGUUAUGUGGUUGAAUGAACUAGCAUUUUUGUCAAAUAUUAUUACAAAUGUUACAUGAAGCCAUAGUAGUUUAAUUUAUUGCCGAAGAUACAUAUAGCGAUGAAUGGACUGUGAGAUUUUGAAUAAUAAAGCGCUAUUAGAAUAUAA